ACCAUCAAGGUGGUGGAUGUGAAUGACAAUGCGCCCCGCUUUGAGCUGCCCGACUACCAGGCGCUGAACAUUGACGAGGACAUACCGAUCGGCACCAGCAUCCUCCAGGUCUCCGCCACCGAUAUGGACACGGGGAAGAACGCGGAGAUCGUCUACACCGUCGACCGCGAUGACUUUGUCAUCGACUCGAAGGGCAUCAUCCGCUCCAAUAAGCGCCUCGAUGCGGACGUCAACAACACGUACGUCUUCACUGUGCGGGCCACCGACAAGGGCGACCCGCCGCUGACCGGCACCGCCACCGUGCGCGUCUACACGGAGAACAAGAACGACGAGGUGCCCAAGUUCAGCCAGGACGUCUACACGCCCAAUGUGGACGAAAACGCCGGCCCCGACACGCUGGUCACCACGGUGGUGGCCAGCGACAAGGACGGCGACGGCAUUCUCUUUGGCUUCGUCGGCGGCGGCACCACCUCGGGCAUGUUCACCAUCGAGGAGCGAACCGGGGUGAUUCGCCUCAGCUCGGGCAGCAUCGAGCUGGACAAGGACAAGUACGAGUUGAAUGUGACGGCCCGCGAUGAUGGGACGUGCUGUCGGAACGGCGCGCGGACGAUUCACACCAGCACGGCGCUGGUCGUGGUCUUUGUCACUGAUGUCAAUGAUAAUAAGCCCGAAUUCGUCGACUGCGCCUCCUACGAGCCCAAAGUGGAGGAGGCGACCCAAAGUGGGACGCACGUCAUCACCGUGAAGGCCACCGACCAGGACAAGGGCCACAACGGCCAGGUGCGCUACUCCAUCGUCCAGCAGCCCAACCAGAAGGGCACGAAGUUUGUCGUCGAUGAGAUCACCGGGGAGAUCAAGACGAACAAGGUCUUUGACCGCGAGGGCGACGAUGGCCGCUUUGUGUCGUUGACCGUCAAGGCCACGGAUCGAGGAACGCCCCCGCUUGAGGGCGUCUGCUCCUUCAAGGUGGAGAUUACCGACAUUAACGAUAAUGCACCGCUCUUUGACCGGCAGGAGUACAAGGAGUACGUCCGCCAGGACACCGCCAUCGGCACCAACAUCCUCCGCGUGUCCGCCUCCGACGAGGACGCCGACAUGAACGGCAUCAUCAGCUACAACCUCUCCGUCCUGGACAAGGCCAGUGACCUCGAGUACUUCCGCAUCAACCGCGAGUCGGGCUGGAUCAGCCUGGCCCGCCCCCUGGACGGCGACCACUACUCGCUGCGGGCGAUUGCCACCGACAACGGCGUCCCACAGCACCGCGCCACCGUGGACAUCAGCAUCGACGUGGUGGACCGGGCGAAUAACCCGCCGAUCUGGGACAAGGCCGAGUACGGGCCGAUUCGCAUACCGGAGAACGUGCCCAUCGGCCACAAGGUGAUCAGCAUCAAGGCCCGGUCGGGCAUCCCCGACAACCCCACCGUCUUCUACACGCUGAUGAAGGGCGGCACUGAGCAGACGAACAAGAAGGACACCUUCUACGUGAUCCAGUCCCCUGGUGAAGGGGACGAAAUUUGGGCGGACAUUUGCGUCAACUCCCCCCUUGACUAUGAGCGCAUCAACCAGUACAACCUGACGGUUCGGGUGCAGAACAACGGCAUUCAGCAGCUCGGCUCGGAGACGACGGUGCACAUUUACCUAAAGGACCAGAACGAUGAGAUACCGCUCUUCAUCGAGAAGGAGCAGGAGACGGUGCUGGAGGGCAUGCCCAUUCACACCAAG